AUGUGGCGUGCUGCGGCGUGGGCUGCUCUAGUGCACGCUUCACCCUUCGAACCCUUCCCGGUGCGGCCGGACGGGCCCUGGUUCGAGGGUUGGUUCACCCGCAUCAUCGACCAGCAUUCAAAUCGCAGCGUCGCUGUCAUCAUCGCCUCCUUCCAAGCCAAGGGCGCCACCAACUUCACUUCCAGCUGGGCUGCUGCUCUGGUCUCUCAUGCCAAUGGCACAAUGAUCACUGAGCAGGUCUUUCCUUCGCAGUCCUCGGUCCGAAUAACGGACAGAGGACGCCCCGUCAACAAAGAGCUGCCGCGUAGUCAGCCGGCCAUCUUUGAGGUCGAGUCCGAGAUUGGCAGAUUUGCGGUCAACGACAGCAAAUCGGAGCUGCUCCUCACCUUCCCGUCGGGCUUGAAAGUCGAAGCUUCGCUCGACAACCGUGUGCCCUGGGACGCAGCGUGCAAAGACACCUGCGGUCCGGAGGGUUGGGCCGGUCGCCUACCCUCGGGGUUGCUUCCGACGCACUACUUCGUCCACUCACUCGGGUCUACCGCUACCUACGCUGUGAACGAGCUGCGAGGGUUUGGCUUUGCACAUCAGGAGGCCAACUACGGCAGUUUCUUCCCAAGUGCAUGGACGUGGGUUGAGGGCAUCUCGAGCGACGGCUCCUCGCAGCUGCUCUUGACUGGUGGCGCCUUUACCUUGGCGGAGCUGACGGCGCGGCAGUUCCUGCUGGCCUACCGCUCGCCAAGGUUCCAUUGGGACUUCCGCAGUGUCAACAUGGACCACAUUGUUGCCCAGGUGGACGCUUGCCGGAGCCUACUGGUUCUCAGUGCCUCUCGGGUCCUGAGCGGUCGGCGCUUGGAGCUCGAAGUGCGCGCUGUGCCCGGGACCUUCUCCGACCCGCUUUACUUUCCCACACGCGAGGGCUGGAGCAACCGUCCCGGCAGCGUGGAAAGCUAUCGCGCACGUGCCUGGGUCAAGGUCUUCCAGCACGGGGUCUUGCAGGCACGGUGCCUGAAACUUUCACCUCGGACAGAGCAGCGGGCCAGCGUGGCCGGGGUCCUCUUCGGGGGGAGAAAGGGCACAAGAACGCAGCCUGUCGCUGCAAAAGGCCAGCUUGUAGAAGUUCUCCCGUACCUGGAUGCGGAAGUGGCAACCAUAGUGCGGGGAGCCAUCAAGCACGUGGAUGACUGGAUGCACCUCCAUUUUGGGGAACGCGCUAUCGAGAUUGAUGACAGCCAGCCACCACCGACGUCAGCAGGGGAAAGCAAGGGCGAAAAGGUAGAGGACACGAACGAGCCAGAAACACAGCCGUGGCCACCGAGACCACCGUCUACUGAGAAAGGGGCAUAG